AUGUCCAACGCUUUGGAAGAAUCAAACACUCCAGCCACGUCUGUCGACACAACUAUCGAUUCCGUCCCAGAAGCUACUACUCCUACAACUUCUCAAUCCGUUGCUCCACAAGAUAAUGAAUCCGCUGCCGACUCAACUACCGUGGAAGAGCAGAAGAAAACCCCAUUACCUUCUCUAAAGGACUUACCAUCUUUAGUCUCCAAGGACGCUUUCACAAAGACGCCAGUUUCUUGGGGUCCAAAUAUGAAACCGGUCGCUGCUACUCUGAUGUCUCAAACUUUCACCAGCUCCUCAUCAACUCCAGGUCCUAGAAGAAUGAGAUCAACAAACAUUCAAGAAAGUUUCACCCUAGAUUUACAGUCACAGUUGUCAAUCACCAAACCUGAAUUGUCCCGUAUUGUCUUGUCCAUUAAACAAUCAUUAGAUGUCUCCAUUGAAUCUACUCUUUCUAAGAAUUCUCGUACCUUUUUAAUCUCUGGUGUCGCUGAUAACGUUCAUUCCGCUAAGAGAGAGUUGAUCAAAAAAUUAACUAAACCAAUUAAUGAUAGAAUUCAAAUCCCAACUAGAUGUAAAGCUGCUGUUAUUGGUUCUGGCGGUAAGACCAUCCGUGAAAUCUCCAACAAGUUUGAAGUUAAAGUUAACGUUGGUAAGGAAGAAAUUGAAGGUUCAUACGAUGAAGAUUUGGACGACACUGCUACCGAUGUUUCCUUCUUCGGUGACUUUGAAUCUGUCAAUCUUGCCAAGGCAAAGAUUAUGCAAAUCGUCAAGGAAGAAACCAAGAACGCUACUAUCAAGGUUAGCGUUACUGACUCCUUACUUCUACCUUUCGUCCAAAUCAAUUCCAUCGAUUCUAUCCCAGGAACUAUUAAAUGCCAAUUCUUCAAGGACACUGGUGACAUUGUCAUUUCUGGUUUAAGAGAUGACGCUAAACAAGCUAAGAUCACAAUUCAAAAAUACUUGGACGCUUUAGCCAACACAUUAACUGAACAAAAAGUUAAAAUUCCAACGAAGUUCCAAUUUUUAAUUGAUGCCAAUGAGUUAAAGGAAAAAUUCAAUGUUACGGUUACAUUCCCAACUGCCCACAAGGAUGACUUUGUUUCUUUUGCAGGCGAGGAAAAAAAAGUUAAGGAAGCUAUUAGCUUCGCCAGAGCUUCCUCGAAGGCUUACGUUGUCGAUUCAUUAGAUAUUGCCAGAGCCCACUCUAAGAACAUUGAACACGCUAAAAACUUGGUCUUAUACUUCAUGAAAUACAAUGCUUUGAAAACAGUAUUAGAUCAAUCUCCAGAAAUUCAGAUUUCUUUACCAAGUGUCGAAGAGUUAGUGCUAGCUGAAAAUGAUGUUAAUAUCAACAUUAGUGCCAAGUCAGAAGAUGUUGCCAAGAUUAAAGCCGCUCGUAAGGAUAUUAUCGGUGUCGUCAAUGGUAUCACUCCUGAAGAUACAUUAACUGUCACUGACUUAGAUUAUGAUUUGUUCCACAAAAACAUCAAGCAAAUCUUAUCAGGUCUAAAUGAAAAAAUUGCUUUUAUUCAAUUAGGUGAUUACAUCAAGGGCAAUGAUUCCGUUAUUUUAAUGGCUAUUACUUCUGAUGAAGAUUUCAAGCCAACUUCGGAGGAAAUCAAAGAAACGUUACAAAGAGCUAAUGGUUUAUUGAACCCAUUACGUGAAAAAUUAAAUAGUAUGUCUACUAAGGUUUAUGACUUGGACUCUGCUAAGCAAGAAGAACUUCUAUCCAAAUCUUCAGUUACUUUACCAUUAAUCAUGGAAGAUAUCUCCAAUGAAGAUGGUAACGUUCAAUUCAAACUACACACUCCAGAAAAUGAUAAACUUACUGUAAGAGGUGAUGAAAAGGCUGUUAAGUUGGUUAACAAGGCUAUCAAUUUAAUCAUUGAAUCACCAUCAAAGAAGUCUAAAAUAACUGUUGAAGUUCCAUCUAAUACUGUAUCUAGAUUAAUUGGUAACAAGGGCUCCAAUUUGCAGAACAUUAAGGAUAAGUUUGACGUCAAUGUCGAUGUUCCACCACAGGAAUCCAAUUCUAAGGACAAACAAGUUGAAAUAACUUUAACCGGUCUUGAGUACAAUCUAAAUCACGCAAAGAAAUUUGUUCUCGCUGAAGCUAAGAAAUGGGCUGAUAUUGUCACGAAGCAACUUGUUGUACCAGCUAAAUACUACCGUAAUUUGAUGGGUCCUCGUGGUUCCUACCGUACUCGUUUACAAGAAAAAUACAGUGUGUUCAUUAACUUUCCAACUAACGGUGACAUCGUAACUGUAAGAGGUCCUUCUCGUGGUGUCAAACAAGCUUACGAAGAAUUAAACUCUCUUUUAGAUUUUGAAAUGGAAAACGGUCAUAAAGCCACUAUGCAAGUCCCUGCUGAACACGUUCCAAGAGUUAUUGGUAAGAAUGGUGACAUCAUUAACGACAUCAGAGCUGAAUUUGGCGUUGAAAUGGACUUCUUACAAAAGAAUGACGAUGAAAAGGUUAAAGAAACUGGUUUAAUGGAUCUAGAAAUUGUUGGUAGUAGACAAGCUAUCAAGGAAGCUCAAGCAAAGGUUCAACAAAUCGUUUCAGAAGCCUCCGACUACACCAAUGAAGUUUUAACUGUUGAUCGUAAGUAUCAUAGAACAAUCGUUGGCCCAGGUGGUAGAACUUUGAGAGAGAUCAUUUCAAAGGCCGGCGGUGAUGAAAUCAGAAACAAAAAUGUCGAUAUUCCUAAUGUCAAUUCCGAAAGUGACGUUAUUACCGUUCAAGGUCCAAAGAGUUUUGUUUCCAAGGUUGUUAAGGAAAUAAAUAAAAUUGUUGAAGAGGGUGAAAACAGCAUCACCAGAGAAUUAGAUAUUCCAAAGGAAAGACAAGGUGCGUUGGUUGGUCCAGGUGGUGUUGUUCGUCGUCAAUUGGAAACCGAAUUCAAUGUUGUUGUUCAAGUUCCAAACAAAGACAAAACUGGCCCAGUCACUCUCACUGGUCUACCAGAGAACAUUGAAAAGGCUGAAAACAAGAUUAUAAAUGAGAUCUUGAAAGAUAAUUUCGACGUUGAACUAGAAGUUCCUGCUGCUGCCCACGAAUUCGUCUCUGAAAGGGGUGCCCUAAUUCAAAAAUUAAGAAUUGAUGAAUCUAUCAAUAUUAAGCACGGUAAUUCUACCAAGAGAGCUACAAAAUUAAACCGUGCUAAGUUAGUUAUUCCUCUUGACAGAGUCUAUCCAGCCACCGAAGAAGAAAAAUCUGAAAAGGUCAAGGUUACUAUAGAAGAACUUUCAGAAUCUGCAAAACUUGAAGAAGGCAACAUUCCAUGGAGAUUAACGUACGAACCAAUUGACAUUUCCUACAUCUUAGCUGACGACGAAGAAACCGAAGCUAAAGAGCCAAAGAAGAAUACUAUUGAUGAAGCCAAGAAAAAGCAAGCUCUAGAAACUGCUACCAAGAUUAUUGAAGAUAGAGUUUCCAAGGCUCCAGCUGCUAAGUUCGUUGGUUACGUUUGGGUCUCUGAUGUCAAGAGAUUUAACAAAAUCAUUGGACCAGGUGGCUCUAACAUCAAGCAAAUCAGAGAAGCUACUGGCGCACUAAUCAAUGUUCCAAGAAAAUCAGAUGCACCAAACGAUGUAGUCUACAUUAGGGGUACAAAGGAAGGUGUUGAAAAGGCGGCCGAAAUGGUCGUCAAGUCAUUGAAAAAUUAA